UUGAUUCCAUGUUCACUUUUCAGGUCAGUUUCCGACUAGUACGUUGCCGCCUUCUUUUUCUUCCUUCACCUCCUUUCACAUCCUUCCUUUCUCCUUCUUUGCUUCCUUGUUUCCCUGCUUCAAUGGACAACACUGGUUUCCACAAACAUUCAUCCUCAUCCUACUCUGCCUUUUCUCAUUCCAAUCGAAGCGGUGGUAGAGGAAGAGGACUGGACACGAGGGAUAGUACAGAAAGAUCAGGGGGCCGUGGCGGUGGUGUUGGAAGCUCCGGCAAAGAUAAAAUUGAUGCUCUUGGUAGACUAUUGACACGCAUUUUGCGGCACAUGGCCUUUGAACUAAACUUGAAUAUGUAUGUGAAGGUGCAAGAUCUGUUAAAGUUAAACUUAAAAACAUUUGCAAAUGUCACAUUGAGGUCACACACAGUUGAUGAUGUCAAAGAGGCCGUACGGAAGGAUAACAAGCAAAGAUUCGGCCUUUUGGAAGAAAAUGGAGAGCUUCUGAUACGUGCCAACCAAGGCCAUACAGUAAAGAUAGUUGAAACUGAAAGCUUAUUGAAACCGAUCCUUUCAGCUGAUGAAGUUCCAGUUUGUGUACAUGGCACUUACAAGAAGUAUUUGGAAUCAAUUUUGGAGCAUGGGCUCAAACGCAUGAAAAGGUUACAUGUUCAUUUCUCAUGUGGCUUGCCAACAGACGGCGAAGUAAUUAGUGGAAUGAGGCGAGAUGUUAAUGUCCUCAUCUUUCUUGAUAUGAGAAAAGCUUUGGAAGAUGGGAUGAAGCUUUAUAUCUCUGAAAACAGAGUUAUCUUGACAGAGGGUAUUGAUGGUGUGGUGCCAGUGAAGUACUUCCAACAAUUGGAGUCAUGGCCAGAUAGAAAACCUCUGUCAUUAUAGAAUAUAUGUCAUUUUUUCACUCUUCCUCUCCCACCUUAACAUCUGUUUUUCUUCUUACUCCCUUUGCACUACACUUACCAGGAGGAAUAAGGGAGUAGUGGCACCCUGUGGUGUCUUAAAACAUUUAUUGUGAUUGGAUUCAUGAUCUUGUGUAUUUUCCCCUAUAAUGUAGUGAAAUCUAGUAACCACAAAAAUGAACUCCCACUUCAUGUCAGGUUGAAAUGAGGUUUUUAUAUUCAAGGUGAAGGGUUCAGAAUACAGGCAGAUUAUUCAAAUGCUUGUAAAUAAACAUUGUGAUGGAAGAUAGCAGAAAAUAAUCCUUUCAAUCAAAGAAAAGAAUACUGGCAAAAGCAUCCUACA